UGAAAAGAUCAUUAGAAAUAAUAAAGUAAUAAUUUGCUAUUCAUAUUUGUAUUCCCCUUUCAAAGUUUUAGAAAAAGUCUUUGAAUUUAUAUAUUUUUAGAAAUGACUGAAACCAAAGUGAACGAGGCAAUAUGUGAAACUGAGCAGGUUCAUCAUGUAAAGACCCCGUAUAAACUAGAGCUGGUAUGGCGUAACAUAAUACUGAUGGCUAUAUUGCAUUUGUCAGCUCUGUAUGGCUUUUAUUUAGCCAUAACUGUGGUUCAGUUUAAGACAAUUAUAUUCUUCAAUUUUAUUGCUUUCUUUUCAUCGUUUGGUAUUCAGUGUGGAGCUCAUAGACUAUGGUGUCACCGGACAUUCAAAGCCAAACUCCCCCUUCAGGUCAUACUAAUGGUGUUGCAAACAAUGGCCCUCCAGAACGACAUAUUUGAAUGGAGUCGCGACCAUCGCCUGCACCACAAGUACUCGGACACCGACGCUGACCCACACAACUCCAGUCGGGGUUUCUUUUUCUCACACGUCGGUUGGCUUUUAUGCAAAAAACAUCCCGACGUUAGGGAUAAGGGAAAGACACUCGACAUGACAGACCUGGCUAACGACCCACUGGUCAAGUUUCAAAGAGCUUUUUAUAUACCAUUAGUGGCAUUAAUAUGGGGAGCGAUUCCCACGUAUAUACCCUAUUAUCUAUGGGGUGAGUCCGUGUGGAAUGCCUGGUUUGUUUGUGUUAUGCUCCGGUACACAGGGGUGUUAAACUUGACUUGGUGUGUUAAUAGUGCUGCCCAUAUGUAUGGCAUGAAGCCAUACGACGGUAGUAUAGUACCGGUUGAGGCGGAUAUGAGACACUAUUUAGUGGGCGAAGGUUUUCACAACUAUCACCACACGGAUUACUCGGCCUCUGAGUUGGGUUUCAUCGACGCCUUCAAUCCUGCGACAGCUUUCAUCGACUCGUUUGCGUCAAUUGGAUGGGCCUAUGAUUUGAAGAAAGCAUCGGAUGAUAUGGUGAAGAAGCGACAGACCAGAUGUGGUGACGUUCACUACAAACAUAAAUCUCGAUUUAUGGAAAACUUCACUGGCUCAUUCGUGUUGGCACUUCCCAUGUGGGCUCUAUUCCUAAUCCGACUAAAUGUAUGGCUUUUGUUAUUAGUAGCGGUCGUGUGUUAUCUCAUAGGGAACCAACCAAACGAAAUGACUGAAACCAAAGUGAACGAGGCAAUAUGUGAAACUGAGCAGGUUCAUCAUGUAAAGACCCCGUAUAAACUAGAGCUGGUAUGGCGUAACAUAAUACUGAUGGCUAUAUUGCAUUUGUCAGCUCUGUAUGGCUUUUAUUUAGCCAUAACUGUGGUUCAGUUUAAGACAAUUAUAUUCUUCAAUUUUAUUGCUUUCUUUUCAUCGUUUGGUAUUCAGUGUGGAGCUCAUAGACUAUGGUGUCACCGGACAUUCAAAGCCAAACUCCCCCUUCAGGUCAUACUAAUGNAUUUUUCAUAUGAAAUUUUCAUCAAAAUUACA